UGUGCAAGCAACCCCAGUGGAAAUGAUAAAGUAGAGAGAAUGAGUAAAAGUAGGGAGUGUAACAGAGACAAAAUAGAAGAGGAAGACAGCAUUCUCAAAGAAUACAAACGUCGACUCAUUUCUAUUUUGCAAUACACAGGAACAAGGAAGUGGGGUCUAAGGUGGUAGUUAAGACUAGCACAUGAACCUCUAACUGAAGGGAAUAUAAUCACAACAACACAUGAAAAAGGUAAACCUGCUGGUAAAGAAAGACAGAAAACGAGUGAUUUCAGAAUGGGAAAAGACAACGGUGAUGCACGGAAGUUUGACCCAACUUUCAAAGGACCCAUUCACAACCGGGGCUGCACAGAUGUUCUCUGUUGUAUCCUGUUUGUUGUGGCCAUAAUAGGCUACUUUGCAGUGGGAAUCCUGGCCUGGUCUCAGGGGGACCCCAGGAAAGUAAUUUACCCCACUGACAGCACUGGGCAGUUCUGCGGACAGGCUGGGACCCCCCUGGAGAAGAAGCCCUUCCUGUUCUACUUCAACAUCCUGAAGUGCGCCAGUCCUCUGGUGCUGCUGGAGUUCCAAUGUCCCACCACUCAGCUGUGUGUGGAGAGCUGUCCCACCAAAUACACCACAUUGAUGAAAGCCUCCAAGAACAAAGGGGACCUGGAUUACUACGCACGGUUCUGUAAGGAGGGAGCGAACCUCACCGGAAUGUCUGUUCCGCAGAUACUGAGAGACGGACUGUGUCCUUCCGUCCUUGUGUCCAGCAAACCAUUCGGUCGGCGGUGUCUUCCGGCCCUAAGCACCCUGAAAGGUGGGGUCGUCGUCGUUGGCAACCAGACCACUUUUGACGAUGGGCGUGGGACAAUGGUGAACGCCACAGAUUUCCUGGACGCAUCGAAAAAGUCCAAUAUGGUUGUUGAGGCUCGCCAGGUGGCUAUGAAGAUCUUUGAGGACUACACGGUCUCCUGGUACUGGAUCCUGAUAGGUCUGGUGAUCGCCAUGGUGGUCAGUCUCAUCUUCAUCAUCCUCCUGCGCUACCUGGCCGGCAUCAUGAUCUGGGUUAUGAUCAUAAUGGUGAUCCUGGUCAUCGGAUAUGGGAUCUUCCAUUGUGCCAUGGAGUACCGCAGUCUGAGUGGAGAGCCGGGUGCUGAUGUCACCAUCCGAGACCUGGGUCUGCAGACUGACUUCUCUGUUUACCUGCAGAUCAGACAGACCUGGCUGGCUUUCAUAAUCAUCCUGUCCAUUGUGGAGGUGAUCAUCAUCCUGCUCCUCAUCUUCCUCAGGAAGAGGAUCCUCAUAGCCAUCGCCCUCAUCAAGGAGGCCAGCAGGGCUGUUGGCCAUGUAAUGUCAUCACUGUUCUACCCUCUGUUGACCUUCGCCCUCUUGGCCCUGGUCAUCGCUUACUGGGCCAUCACCGCUGUGUUCUUAUCCACGUCCAAUACACAGGUGUACAAAGUCUUCAACUCCUCUGAGUGUGAGUACUCCAGAGACACCUGUGAUCCCAAGACGUUCAACACGACCAACGUCACAGCCCAGUGCCCUGACGCCGAGUGCCUGUUUGCCUUCUACGGCGGGGAGACCCGCUACCACCAAUACCUCAUCGUGUUGCAGUUCUACAACGUCUUCCUGUUCUUCUGGUGCGCCAACUUCGUGACGGCGCUGGGACAGGUGACCCUGGCCGGGGCCUUCGCGUCCUACUACUGGGCCUUCAAGAAGCCCGACGACAUCCCGGCCAGCCCUGUCUUCUCCUCCCUCGGCCGAGCCCUCAGAUACCACACUGGCUCCCUGGCUUUUGGCUCCCUCAUCCUGUCUCUGGUUCAGGUCAUCAGAGUCCUGCUGGAAUAUCUGGACCAGAAGCUGAAAGCUGCCCAAAACGGCUGUGCCAAGUUCCUGCUCAGCUGUCUUAAGUGCUGCUUCUGGUGCCUGGAGAAAUUCAUCAAGUUCCUGAACCGAAAUGCCUAUAUCAUGGUGGCGAUCUAUGGUAAAAGCUUCUGUACUUCAGCCAAAGACGCCUUUUUCCUUCUCAUGAGGAAUAUCGUCCGAGUGGCUGUCUUGGACAAGGUGACUGACUUCCUACUGUUUUUGGGGAAGCUCCUUAUCGUUGGAAUUGUGGGAAUCUUUUCUUUCUUCUUCUUCUCUGGGAGAAUCAAAGCCGUGGAGCAGGCCGCUCCAUCUCUGAACUACUACUGGGUGCCCAUUCUGACGGUUGUGGUGGGCUCCUACCUCAUUGCCCAUGGAUUCUUCAGUGUCUACGCCAUGUGCGUUGACACACUCUUCCUCUGCUUCUGUGAAGACCUGGAGAGAAACGACGGCACCCCAGAAAGGCCAUACUUCAUGUCUCUGGAGCUUCAUGAAAUACUCUCCAAAACCAAAAUGGCAGAGGAAGAGGAAAGAGAUGUUACAGAACAGCGUGAUGCUCAAGAAAGUGAGCAAAGGCAGUUGGAUGAAAUUCGCCUGGAGGAAGAAGUGCCACUGAAAGAGCAAGAUGAAGCGAUCCCACUAAAACAUCAAGAUGUGCUCAAAACGGGCAACGAAGAGAAUCAACCACUUAAGGAGGCUGAAGUGGAAGUGGAGAAGGAAGAGAAGGAGCCAGGAAUGAACGGACUAGAAGGCAAGGAACCCGGAAUGAACGGACUAGAAGACAUGGAACCCGGAAUGAACGGACUAGAAGACAAGGAACCCGGAAUGAACGGACUAGAAGACAAGGAACCAGUGAAAGAAAUGGAAUCAAAGGAUAAGCCUGAAGAGAAGGAUAACCUGAAGGCUGAAAAGGAAGAAAUGGAGGAGAAGAAACCUUAAGUCAGAACCUAAAGAAGACCUUACUAAAACACAUUAAGAUUAGUAGUUACUUGUUAGGGAGAGAAAGUUUGGAGAAUGUUAUUUCUUGGGCCAUUAGUUUUUCCUGUUUUGGUCAAGAUCAAACUAAAUAUAAUGUGUGGUAUGCAAGCAGUAUACCUGUUACUAACAACACACAUGUCCGUCUUAACAUAGAAAUACCUGGUUUUAGUGAGGUCCUUCUGUGAAUGGAAAAGUGUAUCAAAAUCCCAGUGCAUCUCUGUAGCCUGAAAAUAUGACUAUGUUAAUGUAUUGAUUGUUAAUUUAUGUUGGUUUAAUUUGAGAUCGUUUUUUUUUUUAGUGUCUGUAACUGUAUGCUGAACUGGUGCCUAAUCAUGAACACAUUUUAUUAUUGUUUUAUUUUUGCCCUCCCCCCCCUUUCCAAUUUCUUAAUGUCCAGCUCUCGCGGGCAUCUCCCAGUGGGUUCGGGAGAGUCAAAAAUCAAGAUGCGUCCUCCUAUUCCUAACUCACCAAGCUGUUUUGCUUCUUAUAACACUGUUUUGUGUUUGUAUUUGCCGGAACCUAUACCCCUGUAGGAGAGCGCAUUCUCCAGCCAGCAACCAUGAUUGAACUUGCAGUUACCCAACCUGACACAGGGAGGUGCUAGAGCUUGAAGAGGCAUCCAAGCCAGCGCGGUGCUGAGCCAAGAUGCGGUGUCCUCUGACCAACCUCUGUGCACUGCUGAAAUGUUUUGAUUACCACUCGUGGCUACAAUAAUGCAUCGAAGGUGCAAUUGACUUGGUUGACUUUAAUAUUUGUCUUAAUUAAUUGAUUAAUGAGUGAAUGCACUACAAAUCCACUAUACCAUGUUUACAGUCUAAACAAAAAACUAAACUAAGAGUGAAAAUGGACAAUGUUUACAUUGAUACCAGCUGACGCCAAAUGGUAGUAGUCCUUUGAUAUGGACAUUGAGUUUUGAUGGAAUUAACGUGUAUGUACAGUUAAAGUAUGUCGUUUAUUUUGCUUAUUA